UCCUGCUUCCUGCUUCCUGCUUCCUGCUUCCUGCUUCCUGCUGGGCUCGAGUGAUGUUCGGUUGGAUUGGGCAAUUGGUCUUUCCAGGACCCGGAAGAGCAUCCAUAAACACGGAAUCAGAAUUGGCGGUAAGUUUACCGCUGUAAUUGGCAAUUACUUCUCUGCGAGCGUGCAAUUAGAGAGGCCGAUUGUGGUCAAGACUCUUCGCCCCCAACAUUGCUUCUUCAUCACUUCUUCACUCCAUUACUCCAUCUCUUCAUCAUCUCUUCUUCAUUCUCAUCAAAUCAUGUGGUCUUCUCUAACUUCUUCCGUCACAUCCUUGACUGGAUAUGGUGCCCAGGCCGGUUCCCCUAAGCCCGGUGAUAUUCCCAAUGCGGGCGAAGGCGUCAAAUCUGCUGCCUCUCUCGUCAAGGACGGCAACUACUUCUCAGAGCUGGCGGCCAAGGACCUCGAGUGGACAAUUGCUGCCACAGCCUCCACUGAGACCCAGACGUUUUAUUGUAUCAAUGACAAAGGCCACUUUGGCCACGUCCAAUUGAUUCAUUCUAAUCUGGGUAUCUGGGGUGCACCCGCCUCUGUCCAGAUGACGGCCCGUUUCCGCGGCGAUGGCGUCAACAAGUUCUUCUCGACCAACCUGACGAACUUUGUCCUCUCGGCCGACAAGUUGUCUGCCUCCACCAACCUGAUGUCGAUCACCCUCUCGCCCGACGGCAAAAAGUUUACUGUUCAAGUGACCAAUGCCCCAGAUCUGAUUGUUUCCCUGACUGUCGAACGCGCAGCCAGGGGCUACAAGAUUGGGGAGGGCAAGAGUUUCUUUGGCGAUGGAUACGUCUCUCACAAAUUCUGGCCCGCCUGUAAGGUCGCUGGUAUGAUGAUCAUCGACGGCAAGGCCCACGACAUGGCUGGUGAGGGCACGUUCGUGCAUGCGAUCCAGGGUAUGAGGCCUCACUUAGUCGCCUCCAGGUGGAGCUAUGUUGAUUUCUUGGGCCACGAUGCAGAGACCAAUCAAAAGGCCAAGCUGUCGUUGAUCCAGUUCACUACACCCGAGUACUAUGGAAGCGCUACGGUCACACAGGGAUCGAUUGUCUUUAACGGAGAUCUGGUCGGGGUUGCGGUGGACAACAAGACUGAGUUUGUGAAAACCGAACAUGACGAGGAAACUGGAUACAACCCACCUACAGAAGUCAACUAUGUCUGGGAGGGCAAGACGAUCGAGGGUGGCAAGCCCUUCAAGGCGGUGCUUAAUGUCAAGCCUAAGGGCCUGUGCCAAAAGGUUGAUCUCUUGGCUGAGAUCCCCUGGGCAUUGCGCAAGAUCGUGUCGACCUUUGUUGCAAAGCCCAUUAUCUACCAGUGGUACGACGAUGCAUCAGCUGUGGUAACGAUCGGCGGGGAGGAACACAAGGUCUCAGGACACGUCUACCACGAGGCGACCUUUGUCAUGUAAGGAGGAGAUACCACUGAAGCCUGCAGGCUGUGAACAGACAUUGGGGGGUUUUUUUUAUUACUGUCUAUUAUACAUAAGGAUACACAUAAAACGUAAUGCCAAAGUAUUUUAAACCCCUG